UCAUACGCAAUUACGGACUACACAGCAAUGCAUUACUACAUGUCAUUUGUUUAUCUUGUUUAUCCUCAAGCAAAAACUCAAAAAUGGCAACUUUCAGUUGUAUAGCUUCUAAAUCUUUCUCUCCUUCCCUGUAUCCCUCACACCCUCACCAAUCAAACAAUGCUUCCUUUCCUUUCACUUCCCGAUCAACUUCUGUUCGUUUUCCCGGCGAAUUGCGGCAGCGGGGAAUUAGAGGGGUGAGUGUGGUGACUCGAGCAGGACCACCAAGUACCAACCAAUUCAUUUUUGCCUUCGCCUUUCCACUUUCUCUCCUUGCCUUUACUGUCUUUACAGCUAUUCAAAUUGGUAAUCGACUUGACCAGAAGUUCCUUGAAGAGCUCGCCAUGAAUGAAGCUAUAAAUGAAGCAGAGGGUGAGAAUGAUGAUGGCACCGAAGUAACGAUCCCAAGAAAAGAGGAACCUGCACUUCCCCGAGCUCGCAAUAGGCCAAAGCGUGAAAUUUGAAUUCCAAGAGUACGAGGUUGCUAUCAUUUUUUGGGUAGGGCAUUGUUUAGGCGUCUUUGUGUUUGUAAACUGAAUAUACAUAAAUUGUAUAUAUAGCUUGAUAUUACGGUGGGGAAUGGGGACUUUGGUUCCUUUGGACUUAUCGUUAGUGAAUUCACACCAAAUUGUAGUUGUUACUAAGGAAAUUCUAUAGUGGAUUCUUCAAUCUCCAACAUAGUGCAAAAUAAGACCGCAUCACCAUAUCACGACCGUAUUGUAAAAGCUUGAGUAUAUCACGACCGUAUUGACCGCAAAAUCAUCCGUAAUGGCCGUGAAAUCCGUUUCACGACCAGGACUGAAAUCAUAUUAAUGCUUUUGGGUGAAUCACAGUUGAGUACCCAAUGUAGAGAUCUUCAUUUAUUCCAAACAAUUUAUCGUCUCCUUUGCUCAA